GUGGCUAAUGCAGUUCAGCAGCAGUCCAAGCGGUAGAAGCUGCUCAGCCCCCGAAUCGGACGAUAUGCGGACAAAAUCACAAACGAAAGAAGAAAUAAACUGAAUAUUAUAAGCUUGUAGUCAGCAAAGAAGACAGUGUAAUUGCAUUUGUCUCAAGGCUCAUGUGACAACAUGGGUAAAAAUAAGACCAAAAACCAGAAGACCUCACGCCAGAAGGCUAAUCAGUUGGCGGAGGAGACCUUUGGCUCAGUCCCACACAGCUUCGUCUUCCACAGGGGGAGAAUUGGCAAGAAUGUCGGUCAGCUUGUGUCGGACAUGCGGCAGGUCAUGCAGCCAUACACAGCAGAGUCAUUAAAGGUGCGGAAAAAGAAUGUCCUUAAAGAUUUUGCAACGGUGGCAGGACCACUGGGAGUGACACACUUUGCCAUCUUUACCAAAACAACAAGCAGUGUCAACUUGAGACUGGCUCGUAUCCCUAAAGGCCCCACGCUCCAUUUUAAUGUCAGCAAGUAUGCCCUCGUCAAGGAUGUGGUGUCAUCCCUGAAGAAGCACAGAAUGCAUGAGCAGCAGUUCACCCACCACCCACUGCUGGUGCUGAACAACUUUGGAGUAGAGGGGAUGCACAUCAAACUAAUGGCCACCAUGUUCCAGAACAUGUUCCCAUCCAUCAAUGUGCAUAAGGUAAAUCUUAAUAACAUCAAGAGAUGUGUCCUACUUAACUAUGAUCCAGCAUCACAGGAGAUAGAGUUUCGGCACUACAGCAUAAAGGUGGUGCCAGUGGGCAUGAGCAAAGGGGUGAAGAAGCUCAUGCAGGAGCGCUUCCCCAACAUGAGCAAGCUUGAGGACAUCAGCGAGCUGCUCCUCAAGGGAGCGAACCUGUCGGAGAGCGAGGCCGAACUGGACGGCGAUCACAACAUCACAGAGCUGCCCCAGGCCUACUCCGGCCGUGGGAACAUGACCUCCCAGCAGAGUGCAGUGCGCCUAACAGAGAUUGGGCCAAGAAUGACACUGCAGCUGGUGAAGAUCGUGGAGGGCUUAGGGGAGGGGAAUGUGAUGUAUCACUCCAUCGUAUCCAAGUCUGAGGAGGAGCUGAUGGAGAUUCUGAGGAGGAGGGAGGUGCGUCUGAAGGAGAAAGCGGAGCGCAGGCAGAAGCAGGAGGAGAACGUGGCCCUCAAGAGAGAGCAGAGAGAGGCAAACAAACAGAAGAGCCUGGAAGGCAUAAAGAGGAAGAAGCUGCAGGCUGGUGGGUCAGACGACAGUGAGGUGGAGGAUCCAGGGCCGCAGGACGGCAAGCCUGCCAAGGCAGAAUCAUCUGAGGACGAGGCCGAUUACUACAGACAGGCUGUAGGGGAAGACCCUGAUGAAGACAUGUUCCCAGCUGCAAAGAGGAAACGUGACCCCAGCAGGUCUCCUGGACCUUUCAAGAAGAGGAAAAUGUCAACAGGAAGGGGUGGCCAUUCCAGUGGCAAUGAUCGGAGGACGCCAGGCUCAAAGCCCUUCGCCAAGCCAGGAUUUGGAGGGAAUAAGAUGGGGCAAGGAGGCAAGAGGUUCGGGGGCAAAAAGAUGGGAGAGGAAGGUGGGAAGUUUGGGGGCAAGAGAAUGGGUGGAGGCGGCAAAAAGUUUGGAGGCAGAAAUGCAGGAGAAGGACGCAGAGACUUCAAGGGAAGGAACGCAAGGGGUGGUGGCAGCGGCGGCGGUGGCGGCUCUAAAUUUAAAGGGUCCAAAUCUCAGAGCUUCAACAAAGGCCCAAAAAGAGGAGGGGGGAGGCAAGGCUUCAAACAAAAGAAAGGGAGGACAAUGGGAAGUAAUACCACUUUAACACUUUCAAGUGAAAACUGCACUAGUUUCCAAGUUCAGCUCUUGCCCCCAUUAUAUGGAAUAGAAUUCUUCGUGGCGCUGGUGGGGAAUGUGUUCGCGUUAUGUCUGCUCCUCAUUAAAGAGAGGAAAAACUGGCAUACCGGAGUGGUGUUCUCCUUUAACCUGGCUAUCAGCGAUGUUCUCUACGUCCUCACACUGCCUCUUCUAAUCGUUUACUACGCCCGCGGGAGGGUUUGGACCUUCGGUGCCGCCGUCUGCAAAUUGGAACGCUUCCUUUUCACGUGCAACCUGUACGGGAGUAUCUUCUUCAUUAUGUGUAUCAGCGUGAACCGAUGGGUGGCUAUCGGUUACCCUUUCUUCACACGCAGCUAUGUGCGACCAAAACAUGCCAAAAUUGCAAGUGUUCUGGUCUGGGUGGCAGUGAUCACAAUCUCUUCUCCGAUCGCAAAGUUCGCGGACACCUGUCCUCAUAAGGACCACUCCGGAAAAUAUCACUGCCAGUCCUACUGUAAAGAGGGGUCUACAGAUGAGAUUUCCCACUAUAUAUACAAACUGGUUUUAGCCGUGGUGGGAUGUAUGGUCCCUUUACUAGUGACUUUUUCAUCAUAUGUCAGUUUGAUUUGGGUCAUUUACAAAAAUGCAAAUAUAACAAUAUUGGAGAAGAGAAAAGUAGCACUGAUGGUGGUCUCCGUCCUUGUGCUGUACCUGAUUUCUUUUGUUCCCUACCAUAUUCUACAAAUGUUUUUCCUGGAUCUUAGGAGAAAAGGAGGAAACAAUUGUGUGAUUUACUACUUAUACCAAGUGAGCAAAGGUUUAGUGACACUGAACAUGUGCAUACAUCCUCUACUUUACAUGGCAGUGUUUGACAGCAUCAGGGUGGCCUGUUGUGGGGAGAGUACUGAAUCAAAUGAGUCUUAGAAAACUGGAGGCUAUAUGACUUUACUCACUUUUUUUCUUGUAUCGGAUCAUCCAGUGUGAGAUCUAAUGGUUACACUCUUAAAAUGUUUUUAUGUUCAGAUAGGGACAACAGUUUCUGUUGUUUCUAUUAUUUGUGUAGGCUAUAGCUGUGUUUAUGUAUGGGCAUCUAGGCUAAUUGGUUAACACAUGUUAUUCUCAUUGUCAAUUUCAUUGUCAUGUCAGACAGAUAUCACACACAACUCUUUUUUGUUACCUAUGUAUGAUUGGCCUUUUGACUGCAAAAUAAUGCAUUGAGAUAACUUAAGUUUAGACCUUUUGCAAGUGACUGCUAAAUGAAUAAUUGUAAGUUGAUUAAAUAAUAACAACAAAAGGAAAGUUAUCAUUGUAUUGACAAGUAAGUUUUUCAUUGUCCUAGAUGGUUAAUGAGUGACAUCAUUUUAUUGCAGCUGUUUUACUCAUAUGUAUCAUGGAUGUGCAUUGUGUGUAGAAACCAACAUUGUACUAGUCUGUUCAUACAAAUACAUUUUUUUCUCGA